GAAGACUGAGAGGUUAUAAAUAUUUUAAAUUCUAUAUAAUUUCCCUUUAAUUUAUUCUUUAUACAUAUUUUUAAUUCAAAUAUCUUCUCUAAAAUGAAUGUAAAGGAAUUAUUAAAAAACCGUAUAGAAUUUCCAAGAAAAGAAGGUCCUAUCCGUUGUAUAUUUUUUUGUGAAUUUCAUCCGACUGCUGGUCCUAUAAUAUCAUGUCAAGUCCCUGAAAACUAUAUAUCUAAAGAACUAUUUGAUAGUAUUAGUGUUUACAUUAUAACAAAAGCAGAAUUGCAAAGAAGUGUCAUAACAGUAACACUUCAGGACUACAAAAUCCUUGGUUUUCCUGUUAGAAUCGAUGAUAAAGACAAAUAUAUUAGAAAUGCUUUUCACUUUAAUUUAUGUUUUGUCUGUGACAGUGAUGCUAGGACAGUACAGUAUGAAUCAGUUGUUCAGAAGUUUUCAGAUUAUUUAGUGGCGAGGGAAAUGGAAAGUGAUUUUUUGUCACAAGGGAAAAUGACAAAAAUUAAGCUGACACCGAUACUGACUCAAGUUAAGGAGGAACUAAACACCAAAGGAGAAUGUGCUUUGACUGAAGGAGCCACAACUACCCAUCUAAAAGUAUGCAGAAUAAGGCUUGAUCCAUCUCCAGUAAUGGAUCACCAAGUUCCAAUAUUCAUAAGAGAACUUCCAGAGCAACAAUGGGAUCUGACUACUCAGCAAGUUACCCCAUAUAUUGAUGGCUUUAAUCACGUAGCAAAAAUAGCUACACUUUCAGAUGUGGAGAAUAAUCUAGUCAAAGCUUGUGUUCAGAAUUUGGUUUAUUAUGGAAUUGUUGCUCUGGUACCAUUGUUUCAGUAUGGCAAUGUGUAUUGUACAACUCCAAAGUUGAAGAUGAUGGCACAAGAUGUUGACUUACAACACAGAUGCUUAAAUUUCGUAGCCAAAUCAAAAAGACAGCCUCCAACCAUCCGAGAUGUUUUUAGAUUGUAUGCUGCUAUGACUAGGGGCACUACCAUUAGAGAUCUCUGCAUUAGAUUUAACCCUUCAAAUCUUCGAAUUAAUGAGCGAAAACUGGUACAGUUUGGGGUGUUGGAAGGGAUCAUUCGCAGGGUACACAAAUAUCCUGUAAUUUUAUCGGAUCAAUCUGAUUUGGAAAAAAGUUUAUCAGGGGCAUCAAGUUUAGAUGAGCUGUGUUGUUCCAUUGGAGUGUCUUCACAACAGCUGGAAGAUCAGUUAGAAAGAGAUCAUAAUGUUAUGUUAUUAUGGAAAUAAAUAUUAUUGUUUUUAUUAUAGAAAUA